AUGGCGGAGAUACCAACUUUUGGAGGAAUGUCAGGGAAGAAGUUGUCGCGAUGUGUUUCUACCAUCGCGACGUGUGGCUUCUUGUUGUUCGGGUAUGAUCAGGGCGUGAUGGCCGGUAUCAUCAGUGCCAUGCCAUUCAAUACUGUCUUCCCAGAGACUAAAGACAACCCAACAAAUCAGGGGUUUGUCACUGCCAUCUAUGAAAUAGGCUGUCUCCUGGGCGCUGUCAGUAUAAUAUGGGGUGGUGACAUGCUCGGACGCCGCAAAUCCAUCAUCACAGGAGCUAUCAUCAUGGCUAUUGGUGCCAUCAUUCAAGUCACAAGCCUCGUUGGCCACCAGCCGUAUGCCCAGUUCAUUAUCGGUCGAAUUAUCACUGGUGUUGGAAAUGGAAUCAACACUUCCACCAUCCCAACAUAUCAGGCAGAAUGUUCUCAUACUUCAAACAGAGGUCUCCUUAUCUGUAUUGAAGGAGCAACAAUUGCAUUUGGUACUUUGAUUGCCUACUGGAUUGACUAUGGCGCUUCCUACGGCUCUGAUAGCUUCUCGUGGAGGUUUCCAAUUGCUUUCCAGAUUGUGUUUUCAAUCCUCAUGGUCACCGGCAUGCUCUGGCUCCCCGAGUCCCCGCGAUGGCUAUGUAUGAGAGACCGCUCGGAGGAAGGCGAAAGGGUUAUUGCUGCCCUCCACGGCGUCGAAAUCAACAACCCCUUGGUCCAGGCCGAGAAAACUGCUGUUAUGGAAUCCAUCAGAGCGUCUGGUGAGGUUGGAAAGCCGACUCCCUUAUCUGUGGUGUUCACUGGCGGAAGGACUCAGCAUCGUCGCCGUAUGUUCUUGGGUGUUUUCGGCCAGUUUGCCCAGCAACUAUCAGGCUGCAACGCUAUCAUCUAUUUCUUCCCUGUUCUCUUUGAGAAAUCCAUUGGUGUGGACCAUAACAUGGCAACUUUGCUUGGUGGUGUCAACAUGAUCGUCUAUUCCAUCUUUGCAACCACGUCCUGGUUCUUGAUCGAGCGAGCUGGACGACGCAAGCUCUUCCUAUACGGAGCAGCCGGCCAAGCCAUCUCCAUGACCAUCACUUUCGCAUGUUUGAUCCCAAAUACCCCUUCUACCGCUAAAGGUGCUGCCGUCGGCCUAUUCACAUACAUCGCCAGCUUCGGCGCCACCUGGCUCCCGCUGCCAUGGCUGUACGCUGCCGAGAUCUCUCCUAUCAAGACCCGUGCAAAGGCCAACGCCCUCUCGACUUGCUCCAACUGGCUGUUCAACUUCUUUAUCGUCAUGAUCACACCCGUUAUGCUCGAUGGUAUUGGCUGGGGAACCUAUCUCUUCUUCGCUAUUGUCAAUGUCUGCUUCCUCCCAAUCAUCUACUUCUUCUAUCCCGAGACUGCCAAACGAAGUCUCGAGGAGAUUGAUAUCAUCUUCGCUAAGGGCUACUGCGAGAACAAGAGCUAUGUCAAAGCCGCUAAGGAACUCCCUUACCUAACCGAGGAGGAGAUCAGCCGAAUGGAUGCCGAGUACGGGCACGCAAAGGCUUCCGAGACUGCGUCUCCCGCCAACGAGAAGGCGAGUGAUUCUGAACAGUAA